AUGUUAACACGUCAUGCUAUUGAACAUAAACGAGCUAAUAAUCCAUAUCGAUGUACAAUUGAUGGAUGUUUGGAUUCAUAUGCUGAAAGACGAAAAUUAAUUACGCACUUAAAUUACAAGCAUACUGGAUUGUCUAAGAAGGAACGGGAAGUAAUGAUAAUGAAAGGUGAUGAAUUGCUCAAAAAGCUGCGUAAUAUAUCAUUGAAUGGAUCAUCAACAUAUUGUUCAAAGAUAUUACCUAUUUCUUCAUCAACUAUUGAUAUCACAGGACAAAUAAUGUCACUCUCUCCUCCUUCAUUAUCUAAACCAGAAAGAAUUUCGAUUUCAGUUAAUACUGUAGCUACUGAAGCAAGCAAUAAUCAGUCAUUGGUAUCAUUAUCACCUUCUAUCAUUGAUAUUAUAUCAACAAAUCAUAUUUUGAUGAAUACGAUCAAAAAUGUUGAAUUUAAGGGAAAUGAUGAGACAUUACUGAAAACAAACAAAUCAACGAUGCAUAAUAUUGACAUUAUGCCAUGUGUCACUACCAAUUCAACAGGUGUAAUUGUCAACUUUCUGCUUGUUUUGAAUCGUUAA